UGGUGACGAAAAACCAACAAUGGGAUUUAUAUAUGAAGCAAUUAAACGAGCAAAAUGGCCAUUAAGCAAAAUUCCAGAAGUUACAUAGACUAAUGGAAAAUUAUUGAUGCUCGUUGAAAUUUUCAAUUACAUCAUGAUUUGCAUGCGACUGGUAAGAAGCACAUAAACUUAAUAUUUAAUACUUUAAUAAUUUCUAUAUCUUAUAAAUUUUAAUAAUAUUUUUAUGAUUUGCAGGAUAUUUUUUGAACCCUCAAUAUCAGUAUGGUCCACACGAUAUUGGAAAUGAUAGUGAAAUUAUGGCGGGUCUUAAAAAUGUUAUUCAAAGGCUAGUGAGUGAUUUGGUAAAUCAAGGCCAUGCAUUGAACCAAACACAACUCUAUAAGCAUAAAAUGGAGAGUUUUGGGUCCGCCUUAGCACAAAAAGCCAUUAAAUUUACUGAUCCAGCUGAAUGGUGGAUACAUUAUGGUGAAAGUGCUCCUGAACUACAAAGAAUUGCAGUAAGAGUGUUGAGCCAAACCACUUCUGCAUCUAAUUGUGAAAGAAAUUAGAGCACUUUUUCACUUAUACAUACAAAGACGAGGAAUAGAUUACGGUAUCAAAAAUUGCAUGCACUCGUCUUUGUUCACUACAAUAUGCGGCUGAAGUUGAGGAAUUUGAGCAGAAAGAGUCAGCAUGAGCUAGAAAAGAGUUAUAAUCCAAUUAAUUUGGAUUACAUUUUCGAGGAAGAUGAUCCACUAAAUCCUUGGUUGGAGGAAAGGGAAAAUCCUGUGCUUGAUGGUGAGGAAAAUCCUUGGCUAGAGGAGGAUGAGCCAAUCACAACACAACAAGUUAAUGCUCCAAGUCAUGGACAUAAUAUUGGAGGCAGUGGUGAUGCUGAACCUGAAGAUUCUUUUAUACUAUCUAGUUCCAGUGAUGAUGAUGAUGGUGGUAGUGGUCAGGGUGGAAGAGGUGAAGGUCAUGGAGCUACUAGUUCAUUACAAUCACAUGAUGAUCCCUCUUCAUAUCAGAGGCAUAGUCCAUCUCCAUCUCCAUCUCCAGCUCCAACUUUGCAACAUACAUAUCACAGAUCCCGUGGUUCUGAUGGUAGCAGUGAUAAGGGAAAAGGUGUUGCACAUGGAGAGUGUUCUAUGGAUACAGAUAAUUAUGGAUAUGGAACUUAUGGUACAAGUGAAUCUUCAAUGGAAGCAACCUCUACUAGUGAUUAUGGAUAUAGAGGAAAUUUUCAAUGGGAAUACUCAAAUCCAUAUCCAUAUCAGCCUCCUCCAUCGUAUUCUGAUUUAUCUUUGUCAGAGCAAUCAUUCUCCCACACUCAAACCCAGUCCAAUCCUAGUGAUCAAUUUGGUAUGGGUUCAUUUUUCAGCUUUGAUCCAUCACAAUACUAUCAAUAUCAUCAAGAUCAAAGCUCUCAAUCACAAGAUGAAGGUGGUGGAUCUACUCAAGAACCUGCUAGACGCUCAUUCUGGUGGUAAUUGAGGUAAGUUACUACAUAUAAUGUUUAAAAUUUAUGUAUUUUAUGUUUAUUUAGGAUAUUUGUAUUUGUUUAUAAGUUGUAUAACUUAAUUUUCAUUAUAUCUUUCAAUAUAUUUUAAUUUCAUGGACUUUACAAAUUUUCUAAAAAAUUUUGCGCCGCGACAGGCCGUUACCGUUACGUUAUGACCGUUACAGGCCUGUUUCCGUUACCCGCGACCAUGACCGCGAACGCGGCCGCGACCGCGAUUUGAA